AUGAAAUCUCCUACUUAUAUUUUAAAGAAUGCUUAUUAGGAGCAUUUAGUAGAGCAAUAAUAUAUCAAACAUGUUUCGAAGAUACAAAAUAUUACUGCUAAUCUUUAAGUGAGUCAGAGUGAACAAGAUUAAUUGAACAAAAUAAAAUAUUAUCGUUAAUAGAAGGAGAGGACACGUAAAUUUAUGGAACAUCAAACUUAAUUGUUCAGACAGUAAUCGGAUAAUCUGAUUCGAAAAGUAGAAAAGUCCAUGAACAGAAGAAAAUAAUAAUCAUAUGAGAUAGGGUUAGAAAACAUAAGAUUGGGGAAAAGGAUCUUGCAUUUACCGUCUGUAAUAAAGAAAAGGGAGUUUGAUAAAUCAUAUGCUAAACACGAAUAAAAUAUGAUGUAUGCGAGUAGAAUGAGAAAUCAAAACAAAUCCAAGACUCCUUCGAAUAAGUUGAUAAAAGAUUGUGGACCCAUAUUUACAGAGGUGCCAAUCGCAUUCAAGUUGGUGGUAUUUAACAAAGAAUUACAAAAUAAAGAUUAAAAGACUGAAUGUUUGUAUUGUGUUGAAGCACAUUUAAAAGAUUAAUUGUUGCAUCGAACAGAUUCUGUGGCAUUUGAUUAAUUCUAGCAAUUGAGUUUUAAAGUGCCUAUGAAUGAACAAUAAUAUGAGGGAUAUUAGAAUGAGCCUUUGAUUUUGAAGAUAUGGAAAAUAAAAAACAAUAGUGAAUUGUACAUGGGACAAAUAUUUGUAGGAUUUAAUGAUUAACUGAGUGAGAAGGAUUUGAUGAAGAGAGUGAAUGAUAGAGAAAUUUGGAAUGGUUUUAUUUAAUUAUGA